AUGGGAUUCAUACAAGCAUGGGUGUCACUCAAGCGAAUUCAACGCUUCUUUGAUGUGCCCGAGGAUGCUCCUCAAAGAGCUGCACUAUCCCUCCCAUACGAAGAGCAAAAUGUCAUUGAAGUUGAUAACUGUUCUUUUUAUUGGACAGAUCCUGGAAUGUGCUGCUUAGUUGGCCUGCAGUUUCAGGUUAAUAAGGGCGAACUUAUGGUUGUGAUGGGUAAAAGUGGAUCUGGAAAAUCAUCACUCCUUUUAGCCCUUUCUCAAGAACUAAACAUAGCAUCCGGAGUACUUCGUUUGAAAGAGUGGAAAGAUGGUGCUGGAAUUGUCCUUCAAGAUUGCUGGAUCAAGUCUGGUUCUGUUCGUGAGGCUGUUCUUGAUGGCUGUGUCUUUGAUCUCUAUUGGUAUGAAAAAGUAAUUUAUGCAUGUGCUCUUGACAAUGACAUAGCAAAUUUUCCACUUGGAGAUGAUACACCAGCGGGAGCUAAUGGAUCAGCUCUGAGUGGGGGACAAAGACUGAGAUUAUCUUUAGCUAGAGCAGUGUACAAAAACAAACAGGUAUAUCUUAUUGAUGACAUAUUUGCUGGAUUGGAUAGUCAAGUAGCCUUGCAUAUAUUCCAACACUGUAUAAAUGGGUUACUAGCCGCUAAAACCAGAGUAAUCUGCACACAUCUCAAGCAAUUUGCCUCUUCUGCAGAUACACUCCUUAUCUUGGCAGAUCGCCAUAUCAAGUAUAUUGGGCUACCACAUAUGCAUGAUAUGCCAUACUUAGACUCUGUGUUAUUAAAAGAUGCUGACGAGGACAGUGAGAAAGACGAAGUUGAAAAAGAAAGAGCCCAGUAUGAGGAGCCUAGGCAGUUUGGUCCUAUUGAUGUAACAGUCUACAAACAUUAUACGAAGGCAGCUGGUGCAGUGCUGACACUUGUAGUAGUGAUAUCUAUGUUUGGUAUGCAAGGAACCUCAAACCUGUCGGAUUGGUGGCUGUCUGUGUGGGUUAAAGCAGUUGCUCACAGUGCCUUCUCCCUGAUAGGUACUCUAGUCAUGACAUCCUAUGGUUUACCAUAUAUUCUGCUAACAAUAAUACCAAUACUGGUGCUCUAUUAUUUCAUUCAGAAGUACUACAUAACAGCAGUGCGAGAGGUAAAGAGGCUUUAUUCCAUGUCCCAAUCUCCACUGUUCACACACUUUGAGGAGAGUGUGUCAGGACUAGUCUACAUUCACAGCUUCAGAGCAUACAAUUCUGUUCAAACUAUGGGUGUCAAGUAUCUGGAAGCUUUUCAGAGAUCGUGUUUUUGCAUGAGCGCCGCUACCGCAUGGCUUGGGUUGCGUCUCCAACUUUUAGCUGCAGGAGUAUUGUUAGUGGCUUCAGUUAUUAUCCUUACUGAAAUCCAUUAUGGUGUUGCUGAUGCUGCCGUGUUAGGCCUGGCACUCACCUAUGCUCUCACCAUUAAUUCUACUUUAACAGCUCUAAUAUUUUCAAUGACUGAAGCAGAGAAGGAGUUUGUGGGAGCAGAAAGAGUUCUACAGUACACACACGACCUUCCUAUUGAGGUUGAAAAAGAAGACAUACAGUCAGUUGACUACAACUGGCCGUUAUUUGGUGCUAUACAAUUCAGUAAGGUGUCAGUCCGUUACAAUGGGUGUAACAAGAGAGCUGUGGAUGAACUGAGUUUCUCGGUGAAGCCAGGGGAAAAGUUGGCUAUAGUUGGUAGGACAGGGGCCGGGAAGAGCAGCAUGUUCCUGGCUCUCUUUCGACUUGUUGAUCUGGAAACUGGAAUAAUUGUAAUCGAUGGUACAAAUAUACAUGACAUCAGCAGCAAGGUUUUACGUCAGAAACUCUCGAUUCUCCCUCAGCAACCGCUAGUUUUUACAGGUACUAUUCGAGAGAACAUAGAUCCUUUCAACAAGUACAAUGACAAGGACAUCAUAGAAGCGCUCGUUAAAUGUCAGUUAUCAGAGUUUGUUAACGGAGAAGAUCAUAUUAACCGUCACAUUUCACUAAAAACUCUCAGCUCUGGCGAAUCACAGCUCUUUUCUCUUGCUAGAAUACUUCUCGAAACGUCAAAGAUUUUGUGUCUUGACGAGGCCACUUCCAAUGUUGAUAUGGAAACAGACAAAAUAAUUCAGAAGAUAAUUCGCAAAGAAUUCAAGGAAUCCACCAUAAUCACAGUAGCUCAUCGGGUUGAAACGAUAAUAGACUACGACAAAGUGUUGGUCAUGAGUAGAGGUAAAAUUGUGGAAGAAGGAAAUCCCAAAGAACUCCUCAAGGAAAGAUCGUCUUUGUUUAGAAAUCUAGCUGUCAAAGGGGGGGUUGUUUCCUCAAACAUUGAUGAUGCAAUCGCUUCAUCAUCAAAAUCACAAUGA